AUGCAGUUCUCCGCCCUUCUCACCGUCGCUGUCCUCUCCAUCGUCAGCCUGGUUUCAGCAUCACCUCUCCAGGCAAGACAGACCAUUGAUCCACCUGCCAGAUACCUCCUUCAAACCAAGGUGGUCAAUGGUGCUCACAAAGACUCCGGUACCAACAAGACCGACUUGUGGCUCUACUCAUACCACACUGGUGCGGGGCUCGGUGAUGCCGCCCUCUCGUCCAACAAGUCAUGGGCAUGGCAAGGCUACCUGAACGAGUCUCAGCAACUCUUUACCUACACUGGCAAUCUCGGUGGUCCCUGGCCCCUGUCGAUCGGCUAUGGCCCCUAUCAGCAAUGGAACCAGGUGGGAAUCAGCAUCGCCGGCAUCACUAGCCUUUAUGCUGGCUUCUUCUUCAACUCAUCUGGACUCCAAUUCAAUGCCAGCACCGGUGGCUGGUUGGCUUGCGAUUGGUGGCACGGUGUCCCUCAACUCUUCCAGGCCAAUGGCUACCCCUACGGACCUCUUCCGAACUCCUGCUCCAAGGUUGAACUUCAGCCAGUGGCAGUCUGA